UGCUCAUCCGUUCCCCCUCAAGCCCACCGCCAUCACUCCAGCAGAUCUCGAUUCCCCUCUGCUGAAAACAUAACUGUAGUUGCUUUGGGAGAUGGCCAUGGGAAGAGGCAGUGCUUUUCUUGCUCUGGUUGCUCUCUGCGUCGUUGCCCACUUCUCGAGUGGGCACGCCGCGACUUAUGUAGUCGGAGACAGCAGGGGCUGGACCUUCAACGUCGACAAAUGGCCCGUCGGCAAAACUUUCCGAGCAGGGGAUGUGCUCAUUUUCAAGUACAACCCUAUGCUCCACAACACUGUUGUGGUGAGCACGCUGGCCUACCAGAGCUGCGCGGCGACGAGGGAUGCGAGGACUCUGACCUCCGGCAAUGAUCGGAUCACUCUGAGCAGGGGAGUCAACUCUUUCAUAUGCACAUUUGCAGGGCACUGCCAGGCCGGCAUGAAGAUCCAAGUCGUUGCCAACUAGAUGGAACUUUGCCCCUUUUCUGUGUGCUCUGUAUUAUGGUUAUGAAGAUGGGUUUGAUGUGUGUGGUAGUAUCAUCUCCGAGAUGGUAAGAUAGUGUCUUCAAUAUAAGAAGCGUUUCUCUGCUUCUCGUCGUCUGAGACCUUAUGUGACAUUGCUCUGAUAAAUAAAGAGAUGUUUCUCUCUGUCUCUCA